UCUAAUGUCUAUUUUUCCCAAUCAACCGUCACAAAAAUGGCUGCGCUUAGAGUAUUUAGCCGUAAUUUACCAUAUUUUCGACAACAAUUUUCAGCAUUACUAGGAAACACAUCGCCUUCAGUGAAAUUUAUUUGCGUUGUCGUAGUAAUAGGAUACGUGUUAUCGUUCUCUGAAGAUGUCGUGAACGUUCUAAGUGUAACACCAGGAUAUUUAUUGCCUCCUUCGUUUCAAUUGUGGUCUACUUUUACGUUCUGGUUUCUCGAGAUACACUUAUGGGAAGUAGUUAUCGACAUAGUAACUGUGGGAUUGUGUGGGAAGUUAAUAGAGCCGCUAUGGGGCCAAAUGGAAAUGAUGAAGUUCUUCUUUCUGACGAACUUUGGCGUGGCAUUUCUGACGACGUUUUACUACUUGGUGAUAUUUGCGUGCACGGGGCAGACAUCGUAUUUGUUUGAUAUACAUGUGCACGGCCUGGCGGGAUACCUGGCCGCGGUGUGUGUGGCAGUAAAGCAGAUAUUACCUGACCAUCUCCUUGUAAAAACACCCUUAGGCAAACUUACAAACAGAUCUCUACCACUCCUCCUGCUUAUAGCGGCUAUAAUCCUAUGGGCAAUUGGAGCCCUGGAGGGCACCUAUCCAUGCAUGUGGGGCAGUGGUACCAUCCUGUCAUGGAUGUACCUAAGGUUCUGGCAGAGACAUAGCAGCGGGACCCGAGGGGAUAUGGCCGAUAACUUCAGCUUUGACAACUUCUUCCCAACAGUCCUACAGCCUAUAGUGCGGGGUAUCCUGGGCCCGCCGCACCGCUGCUUGGUGCGCAUAGGGCUCUGCUCGCCCAGCCAGCGCCGGGUGCACCUGGCCAUGAGUCCUCGCGGCGUCACCAUCUCCAUGCCGGGCGUGGAGCCCCAAGACAUGGAGAGGAGAAGACAAAUCGCGCUCAAAGCUCUAAGCGAGCGCCUCUCCAAAACGUCCGAACAGACGCGACAGAAGAACCUCUCGACCAAAGUGAACAUGGAUGCCGUCCGCAAAGCGCAGGCCUCCAACGUCAUUCCCCCCUUCCCCGCCGAGCCCGCGCCGCCCCCGGAGGCCACGCUAGUGGACCUGGAGACGCCCACGACGAAGCAGUCAUGAUCUAAGAACAAUUUGUAGUAGGAAUGGUCACUGGGAUGGUUGUAAUUAGGUGAUAUAGUGUGUUUGGGUCUGGCGAAUGUGCCGCUAGCGCGCUAUUCACUAAUCGCUCGCCGUAUACGUCGAACCAACGAUCCAUUGAUUGUAUAAGAUGUGUGGAGUUUAAGAUAAAUUCAUGCUUAGAAUUUGACAGCCGGCUUAGCCCGCGAGAUAGACUACCCGUCUUUCUCUAACUGUAUUAGUGAGCUCGCACAAUGGCAUUGACCGCCGGCAUCAUGUGCUGGAUAGCAAUAUAAUUACGUGCGAUAGAGAUACGAACAGGCGCGUCAAUGUACGAAAUUAUUUGCGCUUAGCGUCCUUUACCAAAACAUGAGUCGAUAAUGUACGCCGGCAGUCAAGCGCACCUUUCACUCUCAGACGCAAACGCUCGUUCGCGCCGUUUUUGCCAGAUCCGGACGCACUAAUAGAAAAGAGUGUGAAUAGCGGUAGCACUAAUGGAUCUAAAUUAUCAAGAAACCUAUUUGUAUUUUAGGUCGGAGCUUCGGAAAACACAAAACGUAAGUCCUGUAUGGUUACUUAUGUUUUUGUGUAUUCUACAAUAAAUACAAUUUUAUAAUAUGAUAAUUUAAAUCACUUGUUGCUACUGUAAAGGAAGAUGAGUGCUAAAGUGGAAAAGAACAUGCUUUCAUGAACUUUAGCACUCUAUCAUAUUAUAAAUCUACAUCCGCAUGAUUGCGGCGUUUAUACUAUAAAGCCAGCCACACAAAAAAAUCUGUCACUUUCUGACUGACUGACAAAUUCUGUCAGUCGCGAUGGCCCGAAACGCCAAGUGCCUUUUAAGCCGAUUUGCGAGAAUAUAAUCGGGUCAUAGACUACAAUCUUUGUUUUUGUUAAACAUUUCUAUAUAACCUAAUAGCAACCCGAACCGGCCUGGCAACAUCGGGUUUCUAGAAGCCUAGACACACCGCUACAAGGAUCAGAAUUCAAACCGCGGUCUAAUAAUUAUGCAUACGACACAGUUAUGGAGAUCCUGGUCUACCAGAGGGCCUAGCCAAGAUGCCAAUAAUUUGCGCUGUAGCGAACGAAACAUUGACGUAUAUCUAGGAUGGCCUUACGGGCAAUAAGAAUGGAGCAUGAAUGGGGCCAGUACAGCGGUGUGCCAUUGCUACAACGCGAUUGGUUGAUGAGUUCGAAUCACGCGCGAGAUUGGUCGCAACUAGUUGCGUUUGACUGCACGAUUGGCUCGAAUUCGUGAGGCACACCGCUGAACUAGCACCAUUCUUAGUGCCCGUAAGGGCCCCAUCCUUAGAUAUAAGUCAAUUGAACGAAACGGUAAUCUCUCUAUCACUCUUCUAUAUUUAUUGGCAUCUUGGCUAGGCACCCAGGUAUUGCAGUAAAUUGCGUUGUAUGGUCAGUCAUGUCAUGAACAAAUGUUGCCUAUAAAUCAGCUAAUUUAUUAGCCCUUGUAAGCGCUCCUUAUGUUUUAACCUUUUGAACGCCACAGACGGCAAUUGACGUCAACGCAAAAUCGUGACAACGACGCCAAAGACGGCAUUUGACGUCGAUAGUUUUUUGAUGAAAAUUUACUGAAAAACACCCCACUUUUCGGUUGGCAUUAUUUAUUCACAAAACUAUAUUUUACCCCCGUGGCGUCAGUGGCACGGCAAAUGGAUUAUGGAAUGGAUGCGCCGUUUGGCGUUCAAAAGGUUAAACAAAAAGUUGAGAGGUUUAUAGAAACUUGCUUAUAAAAUGAAAUGAGACGAAUUUCGGUUUUUCUUUUAAAACCAGUAUUUUCUGUUACUGUAUGCGAUUUUAGUUAGGUGAUGUAAAUCUUUAAAACCAUCUAUCUGUCAAUUCUAGAGGUAAUCACGGCGAACGAUAAACAAAAUUAAGAUAUUUUCUACAUGCGUGGCGCAUUAAAGGUUAUAAAAAUGUAGGAGAUCCAUUUUUCGCAGUUUGUGAGUUAUAAAAUAUAAAGUCGCCAUCGGAUAUAUCGGUGCGGGCAAGGUGUUCACAAAUAUCUGAAUAAAGCCUCUAUUGUUAAGCCGUUAAAGUGCAUGUUCGCAUAUAUUAGACCACCCUGGCCGCUCCGAUAUAUCUGAUGGCGACUGUAUUAAUAACAACCCUCUUAACUUGUCCCCUGAUGGAACUUGUCUAUGUAUUUACGAAUGGUCAUGGACGAUGGUAUUUCGGACGGAACAGCUAAACCUCGUAAGCUGUUUGCUAUAAAUAGUAAUUUCUGUAGCUCAUCAGAUUCGCCACAAAUAGCGAUAUCACUGUGGUUAAGGCCGGUUCCUAGUUUGGCUUGUGAUACAAGCCUAUCAAGAAUUAUAAAUAAAUUGAAGUGAAGCAUUUCUAAAAAAGAUUAAAAUGAUGAAACAUAAUCAACGAUAGUAUUCUUAAUCAGUAACAAAAUAGAUUAAAUUAGACUUUUUUAUGCAAAAGUACCGCCCGAUCCCGCAAAGCUAAAUGAGGAAGCGACUAAAAGUUAAAUAAUAAAUUAUAAUAUUCUAGCAGCGGAUGCUCAGUAAUAAGCAUUUAACAAUGAAUUUAUUUUCCAAAUUGGAAUUUCUGCAAAUGCGCAAUAAAUUCUUACAAUUCAAGUAUUUAUGUUAUUUCUCUUGAGCCCAUACUUGUUUCAGUAUGGGAACAGCGAGUAUGGUAUAUAAAGAAAGAUAUUUUUUGCAGAUUUUAAUGCAUUUGUUAAAAUUGAUAUCAAGAUAUUGGGAGGUGUGAAUGAGACUUGUAAAUAUAAUUAAUAUUGACUAGUGUUACAUUAAUAAAUAAUAUCCAAUAAA